AUGAGUGAGGGUGCCACCUCGCCGGCGCUGGAGCCGGAGGUGGCGCCUUUGCCGGACAACGACGACCUCCAUCGGGAGAUCUUUCUCCGUCUCCCGCCGCUCCCCUCGUCGCUGCCCCGCGCCUCCCUCGUCUGCAAGCGCUGGCGCCGCCUCCUCUCCGACCCCGCCUUCCUCCGCCGCUUCUGCGCCCACCACCGGGCGCCUCCCCUCCUCGGAUUCUUUGCCGACGAAGACGGCGACAUCGAGUUCGUGCCCACGCUGCGCCGGCCCGACCGCAUCCCCGGCGUGCGCUUCUCCCUGCCGCGGCGCGGCGACGACUACUUGAGCUUCCUCGGCUGCCGCCACGGCCUCGCCCUCCUCGUCGACCGCGCGCGGUCCGAGGCCGUGGUGUGGAACCCCGUCACCGGCAGCCAGUGCCGCGUGCCUUUCCCACCGGAGUUCAACAAAAGACACGUCUACUACAAAGGCGCCGUGCUGAGCUCCUCAGGCGAUGGCCACGUGCACGGUGAUUGCCGCUUGAUCCCCUUCAAAUUGGUAUUGGUGCAUCAGACUGACCUCCCCGACACGCUUGCGUCCGCGUGCCUAUAUGAAUCGGAGUCUGGUAAAUGGGGCAAUAUCAGCUCAAUAGCUAUUCCAUGGUCUCGUUUGCAUCAGCCUGCUGUCCUAGUUGGAAACCGACUUUACUGGAUACUUUUGGGUACCAGUGACAUCCUUGAGUUUGAUUUGGAUGGCCAGAGUCUAGCCAUGAUUCAGAAGCCAGAGGACCCCCGUGUUACAAACAAUUCAGGCAUUCAGGCCCUGCGAGUAGAAGGUAACAAGCUUGGCCUUGCAACUUUGUCAAAGCUGAGCAUCCAAUUGUGGCAGAGAGAGACCAAUUCAGAUGCUGCUGGCAGGUGGGUGCCAUGGAAAACUAUUGAACUAGACAAGCUCCUUCCACUAAGUCGGUUAAUGAGGAUAUGGCCAACAACGAUUCUGGGGUUUGAUGAGGAUAGCAAUGCUUUCUUUAUUUGUACGAGUGUUGGCAUCUACAUGAUCCAGCUUGAGUCAACACAGUUCACGAAACUUUUCGAAGGCGAUUCGUUUACUGCCUAUUAUCCCUACACAAGUUUAUAUACUGCAGGUGAUGUCUUCACUUCUACUGGGUUAGAUUAG